AUGUACACCAUCCCUCCCUCCCACCGUUUCCUGGUCCUCUCCGCUGCUGAGUCUGGCCCAUACAACCCUGCCAACCAGUUCCUUGUCUUGUCUCCCACCGAGUCUGGCCCGGACCCUCGCGCCUUUGAAGAGUCCCAGACUGAGACCAACUCCGCUGAGCAGAGCCCUGAGUUGGCUCCCCUCAGCCGUGCCCGUACCAACAGCUCGUCUUCUACCAACUCCUCAGCCUCUUUCAAUGACCUCACUGGUACACUUCCCAAUGGUUUCCUCUACCUGGGUCAUGGCAAGAGCAAGAAGAACUAG